GUGCUCCAGCACUGACACCCGGUCCAUCAGUGUGGACGAGACAGAGACACCCUGAGUGCAUUUAAGCCUCACAUCGGUGCUCCUCCAUUCCGCAUGUAGACACACGAAGGACAGGAACAACAUUCCUUGGUUGGCUUUUCUUGGAAUAUCCAGUCUUGAUGCUUUAGAUUGAACCUUAAAACCGGGAGUCAGUGUUCAUUCAUUUGUUACCAUUCCAUCAAGAAAGGACACAAUGACAGGAUUUAUGUCUUUUUUCAUUCUUUUUUUGGCAAUUCUUGCGUCUUGUUCCGGCAGCAAGUUAAAUGUGCCACGCCUCAGACUCUCCUAUAAAGACUUGCUGUCCACCAACAGGUCGUCUAUCUUCAGCGGACAUCAUGGACAACUGUCGCUGUCCGCCGUGUAUCUGGAUGAGUACCGUGACCGUCUCUUCCUGGGGGGCCAAGACGUCUUGUACUCUCUUCUGCUGGGACCCACCAGGAGCGAGUCCAAAGAGAUCUACUGGCCCCCGUUACCCGGCAACAGAGAGGACUGCAUUCAAAGGGGGAAAGAACCACAGACGGAAUGUGCCAACUUUGUGCGCCUCCUGCAGCCGUACAACCGCACUCACCUCCUGGCUUGCGGCACUGGAGCCUUCCACCCCAUGUGUAGCUUCAUCUAUGUGGGACACAGAGGAGAGCAUGUCUUCACCAUGGACCCUAAGAACGUGGAGAGCGGACGAGGGAAGGUCCCUCAUGACCCCAGCCACCCAUUUGCAAGCACCUUCAGCGGCGGGGAGUUGUUUACAGGACUAACGGCAGACUUCUUAGGACGAGACUCUGUGAUCUUCAGAAGCAUGGGAGGUCGCUCCACCAUGAGGACGGAAACCGACCAUAAAAUCCUCCAUGACCCCAAGUUCGUUGCGGCUCACCUCAUCCCAGACAAUGACGACAGAGACAACGACAAAGUGUACUUCUUCUUCACGGAGAAGGCAACCGAGGCGGGCGACAGGGAGGAGACUAUUCACACACGUGUCGGACGAGUGUGUGUGAAUGACGUCGGAGGACAGAGGGUUCUGGUCAACAAGUGGAGCACCUUCAUCAAAGCCAGACUGGUUUGUUCUGUGCCGGGACCUCACGGCAUCGAUACACACUUCAACCAACUGGAGGAUGUUUUCUUGCUAAGGACCAAGGACGAGAGAAACCCGGAUAUUUAUGCAAUCUUUAGUACUAUCAGUAACGUAUUCCAGGGUUUCGCCGUAUGCGUCUAUCGCAUGGCUGACAUCAGAGAGGCCUUUAAUGGACCGUUUGCUCAUAAAGAAAGUCCGGACUACCAAUGGGGGCCCUAUGAGGGACGCGUCCCUUACCCAAGACCAGGAGUGUGUCCUAGCAAAAUCACCAACCAACCCGGAAGAGAAUUCGGCAGCACCAAAGACUUCCCCGACUCCGUGCUCCAGUUUGCUCGUAGCCACCCGCUCAUGUGGCGCCCGGUGCACCCCGCUUUACGGCAACCCGUCCUCGUUAAGGCUAAUAUUCCUUACAAGCUCAAACAAAUCGUGGUGGACCGCGUUGAAGCCGAGGAUGGGCAUUAUGACAUCAUGUUCAUCAGCACAGACAUUGGCAGCGUGUUGAAGGUCAUUGCUUUGCACGGUGGAAACAGCCUGGAAACAGAAGAGGUCACACUGGAGGAGCUUCAAGUCUUUAAAGUGCCAACGUCAAUUACAUCACUGGACAUAUCCGUCAAAAGACAAGCCCUGUAUGUGGGCUCCCCAGCAGGCGUGGCCCAGGUUAAGUUGCAUCGUUGUGAGACUUACGGGAAGGCGUGCGCCGAGUGCUGCUUGGCCAGAGAUCCUUACUGCGCCUGGGAUGGCUCGUCCUGUGCUCGAUACGUACCCAACAGUAAACGCCGCUACCGCCGACAGGACAUCAGGCACGGGAACCCGGCGCUUCAAUGUCUGGACCAGAAUUUUAGCGAAGACCUGGAGGAGAUGGAGGACCAUGUGGUCUACGGAGCCGAGAACAACAGCACCUUCCUGGAAUGUGUUCCUCGCUCCCCACAGGCUGCCGUCAUCUGGUUCAUCCAACGUGAUGACCGCAAGGAGGAGGUCAAGCUGGACGAUCGGGUCAUGUCUACAGACCAGGGCCUCCUAUUCCGUCGUCUCCUGCACCAGGACGCCGGAAUCUACAUUUGCCGCUCUAGAGAAUACGGCUUCACCCAAACGCUAACCCGGAUCACUCUCGAAGUUCUUCAAGGGGACACCUUGGAUGAACUGGUGGGUCAACGGGAAAACGCCGGCCUCUCGGACCUCGUCAAGGACAGAUCAGGCGCAGCCUACAAAAGCUGGAUGCCAUGCAACUCCUUCGGUAGGUUAGGCCCCAUUGGCCAAUCACGGAUGUGGUUCAAGGAUAUUAUGCAGAUUAUCGGACCGUCCAACCUUCCCCACGUGGAGGAGUACUGCGAGAGGAUGUGGUGCAACGAGAAACUGAGGAGGAAGCACAAGGGCAUGGUGGAGAAGUACCGACAGGCCCAGGAGAGCGCCAGGAAGGCUCGGAGCAAGAGUUCCGGGGAGAGGAACCGCACGCCGAGGGACCUUAGCGGAAUUGUGCAGUGAUCCCGAACACUAAACUAAAAAACUACAACUGAGGUGGAUUAGAUCCCUGCUCCGGUAGUCUCUCUUGAAAAAAGACGCAGGGGGUUCAAAGACUUCCUUUGGCCUGGACAUGCAGAUCAGGAAGGGACAAUCCAAAGGGGUUUUGGGAAAUGAAUUCUGACUUAAAAACGUAUCGCAGAUCAAAGAAAACCGUUUAAUUGACUUGGAAUCGUUAUCAAGUCUUAGUCUUUGACUUUAUUUUGGGCUGAGCCUUUGACUUCACUGACCCCGAAACCAUCUGAGCUAGCUAAAACUGGACGCUAGGCAGAAACGACAUGUUGACGGUUCAACGGAUUUGCACUUUUCAACACAAAGAUCCUUAAAGGGACAGCGCCUUAUUUUCACCUAGGUUGACCCCUGUUGGUUAUUUUGUUUGGUAAGCAAAAAAAACUGAAAGAGUCUAAAGGGACCCUAUGGAGGACUCUCGAAUUUUGAAACUUUUUCUUUCCAAGAUCACUUCAGUACGGUACGCAAGAAGGUCGGAAAGAGUCAGAGUUCAGGAAUUCUGUCAAAAAGGAGUGCCGCACUACUUGGCAGCACUAGCCACGUUUACAUGGACCCAAAUAUUCCAAUUCCAUUCGGGUUAUUUGCCCAAACGGAAAGAAUGUAACCUUUGUAUAGACCUCAUUCCGAAAGAAAAGUGCCAAUCGGAAUGAAUAUAUAAUGGGAUUCCCAGGGGUGGAAUAUUCCUUUCCCCAAUCCGAUUGAGGUAUCUUGUACCCGCUCAAUCGGAAUGUUGUCAGGGUGUGUUCUUCUUUGUCGUGUUUUUCUUCUUCUGUUGUUUAUUGGCGGUCGGCAAGCAGCUUUCGUGUGCAUUAGCGCCAUCUGUGGAACACAAUCCAAACCCUUCUAUACGCCAUUCAUAAGUACAUUUUUAUUUAAAAAGAAAAUAAUUAUUCUUAAUUAUAAAAUAUUAGCAAGAUUGAACUUUAUAUUUUCCAGUUCCCGGGUGCGUUCUUUCAGCGAAUGCUGAGAUAUGACGUAACACGCAGCUCCAGACGUUCUUCGAUUUAAAAAAAAAAUGGAGGCGAGCAAUCGGAACUGGAAUGCUGCAGAAAGUUUGUUUUUGAUUUAAACUAAAUUUCAAGACUGGACGAAGGAAAAACUGGCAAUACGGAGUUAUUCCAACAAGUGAAAGAGAAAUUUGAGGAAGUCGGUAUCACGUGAUGUUGAUGUUUACGUUUUACUGCGUAUGCCCCAUUGACUAUUCUGGUUGAUUAUAGCGAUGCGUGUAGAUACGCGAUUGGAAUAUUCCUUUCCAUGGAUACCAUUGCUUUCGGAAAGAUUCCAAAACUCCUCAUGUAAACGUGGCUAUUGUUGAGUCAGUCCUAACUAGUUUGCUGUCUAAAGAAGAACAACAUGACUUGGAAAGUUGAGCUACUUUAUAUCCACUCAACUUUAUUCUGAUCAAUACCACAGAAGAAGAUUAAAAGUUCUUGCAGUAGAUAUUGAAAAUAUGAUAAAAGAUUGUUUAUCUUCACUGUAAUAUUCAAUCACGUUUUUGAAUAUUCAUUCAUUCAUUCAUUUUCUACCGCUUAUCCUCACCAGGGUCGCUGGAGCCUAUCCCAGCUGUCUUCAAGCGAGAGGCGGGGUACACCCUGGACUGGUGGUCAGCCAGCCAAUCACAGGGCACAUAUAGACAAACAACCAUUCACACUCACAUUCAUACCUUAGAGUCGCCAAUUAGGAACAGGAGAUGAAUUUCAAAAUAAUAUCGACCGAUCACCAGUAUUCAUUCAGAAGAGCCAAAAUGUCACUAAAUAUGUUUUGGAAUAUACCACUCAUUGAAACUCCAUCAUAAUUUAGCAUCAAUGGCUCAAUUAUGCAUGAAGUAGAUUAACCACUAAGCUAAGUAGAUGUCUUUUGGUAGCAUGUUUGCAUCUUCUCUCCUUCUAUAAUUGUCAUUUUGAAACUGAAUUUGAAUUUUUUUGACGUCCGGGAUUUUUUUAAAAAAUCACUGAAAGUUGCAUUGUUGGACAUUUAAUGCAUUCAGCGUUUAUGAAGAGUCUUAUCCGUGUUCCCGUGGAUCAACGCCGCUCCAUAGUACUGCUCCCUAGAAAUGGCAAAAUUGUACAUUUCAAAUUACAAAAUAACGUAAUAAUGUAUAAUUGUUGAAAAAAAAAGGUGUUGUUGUUGUGAUUAUGAAUUUAGUAUUUUAGCAUUUUUAACUUAAUGCCGUCACAGUUUGUCAAUGACUUUAAAACCAUCAAAUUUUAUCCUUAUGUUAUUUUCCGACAUAUAGGAUAAAACAGUUUUUGUUGUACUGAAACACUUGUAAAAUGUUGUUGUAGUAUACCACUAUACUUGUUAAUAUGUUAUCUAAAAACAUUAAACUAAGAUUUUGUGAUAUGUAUCUUUCAGACAACUUUGGAGUACAAUGUAAAAAAAAAAAAUGGUGUAUAGUUGAAAAUUUUUGCGAUGCAUCUGUAAGUUUUAAAAUUACCAACCAAACCAGGGUUAGGGUUUUGAUUAUAGGACGGGUUGUGUACUGGGAUUAUGGUUUUGGUUUAACAUUUAGGUUCAGUUUCAGGUUGAGACAAGGGUUUAGAGUUUGUGUUAGGGUGAAGUUUUGGGAUAAAGAUACUCCACUAACUACAAGGCAUAUAUGUAACAAUACUACAGUAUUAAUAUCUGUACAAUCACCCCCAUCUUGAGGGACUGACCACAAGUUCUCAAAGAGAUUAAGCUCUCAGUAGUUUCCUGGACAUGGACACAAAAUGUCGAUGUUUUCUUUCCCAAGUCACUUCGUCAGUUGGUUAUCAUUUUUGUCUUAGGAAAAAACAAUGGUUGUCCCAAAAAUGUUGGGAGAAAUUGCUCUGUGAAGAUGUUUUGGGACUAUUCUUUAUUCCUGGUUGUGUUCUUAGGUAGAAUUGUGAGCGAGCUGAGAAGCUGUUAUGAUUUCAGGAUUCUUGGUAUGACACCGGAUCGAAACAAUCAAUCAGAAAAGGGAUUCAAAUGAUGAGAAAAUGAUAUUACCCCAGUCUUUCACAGUCCAAAUCCCUGUUUUCUUGUAGUUAACCAUUGGUUAACAGAGGAAAAAACAAAGAUUCCAAGCAUGACAGAGCCAUCUCCAUCCUUGGAUCCUAGAAUGUUAACCACAAAAUAACUAACAUGAUGUCAACCGUUUUUUUUUAUAGCAAAGGAUGAAAUGCAGUGGAAAUGAUAUUUUGGAAAUUAAGCUAAUUUUCAUGACUAAAAGGGACUUUGCGAUUCACUGCCUUUUAUCUUAUCACUAUUAGUAACAUUCUGGAGUAUACGUAUGCAAAACGGACAUGAGUGGAGAUAUGUUUCCAAGAUGGCCGCUGCAUGUUUGCAUUGCUUACAAUACUGUAGUGAUUCAUGUAACUUGAGUGAUUUUGGUUUAAAAAAAAAAAAAGAAAGAAAGAAAACCAUGGAAGUAUCAGGUGUUUAACUCUUAUCAGCUAUUAUUUUCCAUUAUAUUUGUACCUGGGUGACAUAUUGGUGACAUAUGUGGAUAAAAACUCUGUAAACAUUGAGAAAGUAAUGUCAGUGUUGGUGGUACAGUAAACCUCGGAUAUAUCGGACUCGGAUAUAUCGGAAAUUCGCUCACAACGGACAGAUAAAAAAAGAACCGAUUUUUCUGUAAUGCAUUUCCAAUAAAAAUUCAUUGCAUAUAUCGGAUUUUUUAUAACGGAUUUCGCCUAUUUGGGACAAAAUCUCCAGUCCCGUUCCAAUGCAUUUCCAUUAAAUUUCCCUCGCAUAUAUCGGAUGGCCGCAUCGAUUCGCCGAAUCCGAUAUAUGCGUAAAACGGACAUUUUCCGGUAUACGCAUAUAACGGAUUUCGCUUAUAUCGGACAAAACCAGUGGGAACAAUUGAAUCCGAUAUAUCCGAGGUUUACUGUAUUGUGUUUUACACUUCAAGUGUAUUUUAUUUUCUUGAUUGUGAUGGAAAAAAAAAGUUUAAAAAAUUGCUUUCAUGAGACAGACACAUAUGGAACGUACCAAUGAGUAACCUAGAUUUUCUGUUUUUGCAGAAUUUGCAAAAAUAAAUGUAUAGGAGAUGACCUGUCCCACCAUUCUCUGCAGUGUUACAAUUUAAUUUGAACAUUAAUAUACACUCAAAUGUAGAGACAACAAUCCAAAAUUCUAACGAAAUUGUGUCUUUUGCGCAGUGCCUUGAUUUGGUAUCGUGCUUUUAUUGGUUUUCUAGUUUUUUUUCCCAAUUGCGUUCUCGUUCAUGUCAACCAUCUGCACUGAAGCUAAGCAGUACGUGUCUUUCUACUGAUAUCUUUCAUUUAAAGAUAAGACUUUCCCGAGCAGCCUGCCCAUAUAAGGUCGUGUAUCGCUGUGCUUUUGCUUUUUAAUCGCUAAACACUCAAAAGCUUUGGUCUGGAAAUAAAACAGCACAACAGUGUUUUUAAGAGCCAGACAUGCCUAGCCGAUCCACAGGGAGAUCCCAUCGCAGAUUUACAGGCUCCACUUUUGACUAAUGAAGAUGAAUCUAAUCUGGAAUGUUUCUACUUUAUAUGGGAAUAUUUCUGUUGAGGUCAAGUGGGAAUAAAGCAGGCGAAAAGACGUGCGGAUGUUGCAUGGAGGGGCGUGGUUGCAAAAGUGAUAUAAGCGGAACUGGAGGUAGCAGAGAUGAGGAUGCUGAGGUUCUCAUUGGGAGUGACCAGGAUGGAUAGGAUCAGGAAGGAGUACAUCAGAGGGACAUUGAAGCAAUAAUGUACCCCCCCUUCCACACCACGGGACACUUUAACCACACCUCAACAUCUACAUUUUCUUGAUUUGUUGUUUUUAGAAUGUGCAGUGGAACCUCUAAUGUUAAACACAAGCAAGCUUCUGGAUUGUUCAGCUUUAGAGACACUUUCCCCCGAAAGGAAAUGUCGGUAGAAAUAAUCUGUUCCAGGGUCAAGCUGUGGACAUGAUUUGUUUGAAGUUAUAACUGUCAUACAAGUGUAAAAAUAAGAAGCAGAGAUGAGGAUGCUAAGGUUCUCAUUGGGAGUGACCAGGAUGGAUAGGAUCAGGAAGGAGUACAUCAUAGAGACAUUACAUGUUUAGAGGCCUUGGAGAUAAAGUCAGAGAGGCCAGACUGAGAUGGUUGGGACAUGUCCAGAGUCACAGUACAUGUUGGAGUACAGAGAUGAGGAUGCUGAGGUUCUCUUUGAGAGUGACCAGGAUGGAUAGGAUCAGGACAGAGUACAUUACAUGUUAGAGGCUUUGUAGACUGAGAUGGUUGGGACAUGUCCAGAGGAGAGAUAGUGAAUAUAUUGGUAGAAGGAUGCUGCCUUUAGGAGGUAGGAGGCGUAGAGGAAGACCAAAGAGGAGGACAUGAGGGUAGUAUGCAGAAGACAGGCUUGGAUGGAGGAGAUUGAUUUGCUGUGGCGACCCCUGAAGGGGAAAAGCCCAAAGAGAAAAAAGAAGAUUAUUUAAACUGUAAUAAAAACAAGAAAGAGUGACCUAAAAGUGUGAAAGAGUCGGUACUGGCUAUGACCUGAAAGUCACACAAGAGAAGCGCUGAAAGAGAAAAGAAAGGAGGAAAUGGAAAAACAUAGAAGAGUCAAACAAAAUCCUGCGGCGAGAGUCGUUUGAUUAAUGUAAUGUGUUCAUCCUGAGGGAAAUCGAAAUCGAAACAAGGAGUGUCACGGCUUGUUUUAUGACAUCCAAACCAGGCUUGUUUCAGGCAUCUAUUCCAGGCUCCAUCAUAACAGCAAUUAUUCAUGUGCUGUGAUCUAACGUAACGAUGCACGACCCACUUUAGAGCACAACCCUGCAUCCUGCACCUCCAUGGUGGAAGUAGAAGUUAUAUAAGUUACUGGCAUUAAAUAAUACUCCCCUCUUGAUAUAUUGCAGUAUGCACCUUGUAGUCUUAAACUUGUUUCAUAAAAAUACACAGUGUUUUUGGGCACGAUCGUGCAUCAGUCACUGACAAUGUAAUGGUAAUGGUUUUAUUUCAUUUGAACAUGCAUCAGAUUACAAUUGAAUGCAUCACAUAAUCAGUUCACAGUUCCACAUGUCCAAAAGGAGUAGGAAGAAGCAAAUCUUAUUAAAUCCUACCCCUCCAUCUGGUACUUUUACAAUCAGUAACUGUUACAUUUGUUCACUUCCUGCUUUCCUAAUAUAUUUUUUUAAUUGUUUUUUUUAUUUAUUUUAUAAAUUUUUUAUUUAAUUUAAUCUAAUUUAAUUUUGUUUUGUUUUGUUUUGGGUUUUUUUGUUUUUGUUUUGUUUUGUUUUGUUUUUGUUUUGUUUUUGUUUUGUUUUUUGUCACGUACCAAAGUACGAGGUGAUAUGACCAUAUAAUGACAUAAGGGGUACCAUAGUAACUGUCAAUAUAGUGAUAUAUAUACAUUACAUUACAUUUGUUCACUUCCUGCUUUCCUAAUAUAAUUUAAGUAAACAUGUUCCGUUCUGCAUUUAUUCCUGGCAUUAAGUAAUACUUCCCUCUUGAUAUAUUGCAGUAUGCACCUUGUAGUCUUAAACUUGUUUCGUAAAAUACACAGUGUUUCCGGGCACGAUCGUGCAUCAGUCACUGACUGUGUUGUUUUUUUUUUCUGUCUGGUUGUUUCAGGUGGUUGGGUGGACACAUUAUUGUUAGGUUUAUUGCCAUGUUUGCAACUCCCAUAACAUCCUGUUUUUGUGUUUUAUACCGCUGACUUAAACUAUUGCAAGUUCAUUGGAGGUUUUU